ACGGAUGGAAACAACUUCCGUUUCUCGCUGCCUGAAUGGUAUGUGGAGAGAACGGCAACUCUAGACCGGGAAGUGGGGCAUCUAAAUCAAAUCUAGCUAGCUAACUUUUUUCAAGUAUAUCUUAGCUUCCUGUUGACUAUUGUAUGAGGCCGAGAUGCAAAGUCAGGAUCCAUGCGAAAAUUGUCCCCCUCUUCUUCUUCCCUCUCUGCGUCUCUUCAUUCCACCACUGCGGCUUGUCUCUGCAGCCAUGUGGCAAGUGGUUCAACGAGGAGACGUUCAAGAUUAUGGGAUGCUGGAGGAGUUUGUCACCAUGGUUACAGAGAUUGUGCCAGAGCUUUUGAGUUGCAGUCAGAGGGCCCAACUCAUUCUGGGGCUUAGAGCAAGGCUGGUUCUGGAGUUGUGUCGCACUGAGCAGACAUUAGACCUCACGAAUAUUCAAAAACACCUGGACAGGAUCCGAUCCCUCACAUCCACUGAGGAAUCAGAGGUGGAAUUAUCUGAAUCAAAGUUUGUGGAGCUGGUUAAAUCUCUGCUGAAAGACCCAAGUGAAAGGGAGAACUUCUACCAGGGCGUGUUCCCUGUGGAAUUUGGGCCCAAGUAUGACACUGCAAUACAGAUGCUGAUGUUAGAAUUCCUUUCCAGACUGGAGAAGUUACUUCCCCUACCAGACCUUGAACAGACUGCCUCCUUGUUAAGUGCUGUCCCCUCUGCCCUGGAGAAAUGUGUACAGUUUGUACCUGACCCCAAACAAUUCAGGACCCUACUCCAGUACCACAGAAAACUUGGACAUUUGGACUCCAUCGGAACUCCAUCAUCCUUUGGUGACUUCAUCCUCUCCUCUCUGUCUCUUCCUCCAUACGUGCGAGUGGUGACUGCCCCAGAUGUAGACUCAGAUACACAAUCAGAAAGCAUGAAUUUGGAGGGAAUGGAAGCAAGAGAGUUGUUGGAGAAUCGGACAAAGGAAAUCGAUGUACUAGUCCCAGCAGGUGAAGUUAGAAGAUACAUAAUUACUGAGCCAGAUUACGGUAUGGACAUGGAGUCUGCAGUUGGGGAAAAUGACAAUCAAGCUGUCACUGGCUUGAAUUUACUCAGACCAUCACAAUUAAAACGAAGCAAAAGGCUGCAGAUUAAGAACAUGUUUUCAAAACGACGGAAACCUCGAAAGACCGAUUCUUCCGGGUGUGCAAACAAACAGCCAUCAUCCUCCAAGGGUCGGCCUUCCCCAAAGAAGUCAUGCAGAAGAGGCCCAUUCAGUAAGACAUGUGAAGUGUGUGGGAAGACUUUCACUCGAGUCACAGCCAUGAAAAGGCAUCAGCUAACCCACACUGGAGAUCUCAAGUUUAAGUGCCUCAUGUGUGAAAAAAGCUUCAGGGACGGUCAUAAUCUGAAGAGACACCAGAGGCGAGUUUGUGAAAAGGAGAUAAACAUGUUGGAUGAAGAUAAAAAUGAGGAAGAGAUCCCACAACCCUCAACUAGCAAACCUCAGAUCCCAUCACUCCUCAAGACUCCCUGCCCACCAGGGCCAUCUCAUCAAGGAACUCUGGACACUAUCACAGCCACGAACACAUGCUCUGUGUGUGGGCGGUAUUUUGCUCGUACUUCCAGCUUGGUAAGACACAUGAGCUCCCACUCAAAAGAGCGUCCAUUUGGGUGUGUCAAUUGUGAUAAGAGAUUCAAGUAUUCGUACGAUUUGAAAAAACACCAGAGAGAAUUGUGUCAGAAAAUGACCCAGGGAGAUUUGUGUCAGGAUGUUGAUCAGAACAUGGCACAACAAAAGAGUGGCCUGGAACCAGAGAAGGUUUUUCUUGCCACUGCAGAGAAUCGCACCCAGGUAGAUUCCAAAACCUGUUAUGUCUGUGGUAAGAUUUUGACUUGUACCUCACAGAUGGAAAGGCACUUGAAAUCUCACUCAAAGGCACGUCCCUUUAAUUGUGCUAUUUGUGAGAGAAGUUUUAAGUACAAAGAUACCUUGAAGAAACAUCAGGAAAUCCUUGGCCACGAGGGCAUCCUAGAAGACUUGGGUCAGAAUGUGGACCAGCAAGAAGUGGAAGUUAACACAGAGAGUUGCAUCAGCCCUCUCACUACCAAGGAAAACGACACUGAGCCCCUCAUCACGGCUGCUACUUCAGUGCCGACUCUCAAAGAACCCAAACCAUGCACUGUGUGUGGGAAGAUUUUUAACCGUGCUUCAGUUAUGGCUAUUCAUAUGAGAUCCCAUUCAGAUGAGCGUCCUUAUCAAUGUGGCAAUUGUGAACAGCGCUUUAAGUACAUGCACAAUCUGAAUCAACACCAGAGAUAUAUCUGUAAGGUGAACCGAGAAGAGUCCUCUCAGAUGGUAGACCAGCACCAAGAGGAGGAGUCUAGUGAACUGGUGGCUGUUAAUGCUGAUACCCCAGAGACAUCUACCAGUCGACUACAACUGGUUCACUGGUGUAAAAAAUGUGGAAAGUGUUUCGAUGACAUCUGUAAUUUGAAGCAACACCAGGAAAGUUCAUGCAAAGAGGAAAAAAUAAAGGUGGUCUUCCAAUGUGAAAAAAGAAAGGUGGUCUUCCAAUGUGAUGAUUGUGGGAAGGACUUCAAAGGUUCUUCAUCCCUAAGGACACACAAGCGAAUUCACAACCCAUUCUAUUGCUCUGAUUGUGGAAGGGUCCUACCAAACUCCAUUGCCUUUGACAGACACAAGCUGAUGCAACACAAGGAAAUCCAGUGUACCAUGUGUGAGAAGACCUUUACCCUGUUGGGCGUCUGA